AUGCUGCAUCCAUUUAUCCAUUUAAUUUGCCUUUUCUUUCAUCAAAAUUUUUAUCUUCUAAAAUGGUUCAGACUGCGAAAUGUUAUGAAAAACAUCAACAGUGCAUUGCCUGGCUCUAUUGCACGUGCUAAUCCUGAUGAAUUACUUGCUAUAUUCAACAAAUAUGCAAGUGUUGAAAAGUCUGGAAGGAAGUUUAUGACAGCUAAUGAUUUUGUUCAGAGAUAUCUUAAUCUGUAUAACGAUGAAAAUUACAAUCGCGAAACUGUUCGUCUUUUGGCUAGUGCUGCUGAUACUUCGAAGGAUGGGAUUAUUUCUUUUGAAGAAUUUUUUGCAUUUGAGGCGACACUUUGUUCUCCCGAUGCGCUUUAUUUAACUGCCUUUGAAAUUUUUGAUAAUAAUGCUUCUGAAUCUAUUACGGCUGAUGAAUUUGAAAAGUAUGUUAUUGUCAUUAAUUUAUACGGGACAUUCUUUGUUUUAUGUGCCGUUUUGGGUGGGGCUUUUAUCCUUAUGACACCUUUUAUCCUCUUGCCUUUUAUCUUUGGUACACGAGCUCUUCACUUUUAUAAUUCUUGCUUACAUCAAUAUCAAAAAUUUUUGUUCAGAAAGAAGCAACGAUCAAUAGGCUAUCAUGCCUUUUGUCAGCUACUUCAUGAUUUCUACGAAGAACAAGGAGUACAAGCAUUUAAAAGGUUUUACUUUGAAAGUAAGAUAAACUUUUUCUUUAGUUUUGACAAGGAAAAUGAUGGAAGUAUAUCAGCAAAUGAUUUUUUUACAAUUAUGACUACUGUGAAAGGCCAUUUACUUACUGAUUUUUCUAGACAAAAUUUGAUUGCAGUUGCUGGUGGAGGGAGUAGUGCACAUAAAGUUCGCUUUCCCUUCUACCAAGCUUUUAAUUCUUUGCUUGCAAAAAUGGAGUUAAUGAAACGUAUUUAUAUGAGUAUUUCACGUGGAAAUAUUGGAUUGAUGGUUACGAGAGAAGAAUUUCUUCAAGCGACUCAAGCGUAUGCUCAGAUUACUCCGUAUGAGGUAGAAAUUCUCUUCCGUUUGGCAGAACUCAAUCACCCAGGUACUCGUGCAAUUGACUUGGCUGAUUUGGAUAAAAUUGAUCCUGAGCGACUUAAAAGAGUAUCUCAAAUCUUUCGUAUAACAAAUGUUAAAGCUGUAGAAAAUAAAGAAGACCGUGGAUUUUUUGUUGCGCUUUUGGAAAGUAUUUAUCGAUUUUCUCUUGGUGCAAUUGGAGGAAUAUUGGGUGCAACAGCCGUAUAUCCUAUUGAUUUGGUGAAGACACGUAUGCAAAAUCAACGUACUGGAUCUUAUCUUGGGGAGGUUAUGUACAAAAAUAGCUAUGACUGCUUCAAAAAAAUACUAAAAUUUGAAGGUUUUCUUGGUUUUUAUCGUGGCCUGUUACCUCAAAUUAUGGGGGUUGCGCCAGAAAAAGCAAUUAAAUUAACUGCAAAUGAUUUUGUUCGUGAUAAAUUUACAAAAGAUGGACGAAUUCCUUUAUAUGGAGAAAUUUUGGCUGGUUUUAGUGCUGGGACUUGUCAGGUAGCUGUUACAAAUCCAUUAGAAAUUAUUAAAAUUCGCCUUCAAACUGCUGGUGAAAUAAUUAAUGGUCCUAAAGUGCGUUUACUCGACGUUAUAAAAGAUUUGGGUUUUGCGGGUCUUUAUAAGGGAGCAAGAGCUUGUUGGUUACGUGAUAUUCCUUUUUCGGGUAUUUUCUUUCCUCUUUAUGCACAUUUGAAGCUUUUAACUGCAGAUUCUCAGGGUUUAAAUAGUCCCUUUUCUUUAAUACUUUCGUCUCUGAUUGCUGGGGCGCCUGCCGCUGCACUCGUUACACCUGCUGAUGUUAUCAAAACACGCCUUCAAGUAGCGUCUAGAGCUGGUCAAACUACUUAUACUGGUGUCAUUGACUGUUUUAGAAAGUUAUUGCAUGAAGAGGGUCCUAGUUCUCUUUGGAAAGGAGCAGGAACGCGUGUCUUACGUUCUAGUCCACAAUUUGGCGUCACAUUACUUACCUAUGAAUUAUUACAACGUCUAUUUUAUGUUGAUUUUGGAGGGAAUAGACCUAGUGGAUCUGAGACUUCAACCCAUGCAACAAUUCUAGAUCAAGCUUCAGCCAAUCCUCAUCAUAUUGGCGGUUACAAACUUGCAGCAGCCACAUUUUCUGGAAUUGAACAUAAAUUUGGACUGUUUCUCCCUCGAUUUGAACGCCGCAAUGAUAUUGCGGUUACCGAGUUAUAG